UUUUGCUUGGCUUUCUCAGUUGAGUUUCCCUCGGGAUGAAAGAGACAAGGAGAGUCUCGUCUCACCUGCAUCGCCAUGCAUUUUCGUCCAUCACGCGACGCGAGCGACAACGCAACCUCCCUGCUCAAUUCCCUACGCUUGUACUCCAAUCAACCUAGCUCCAAUCAUCAUCCAAUCCGAUCCGAUCCAGAAAAGCUAGUGCAAGUGUAGUGGAUUAGAGCUAGCCCACUCCCGGUAAUUAGCUAGUUUGUUUGUCGUCGUCCGCCACGGCGAUGGCCACCGAUCUCCUGUCGUCGCCGCUCCUCCCGCAGCGCCCACGGCGAAUGAGCCCCGCGGCCGCCUGGGCACUCGCCAUCGCGUCCACACUCGUGCUCCUCCUCCUGCUCGUGCCCGCCUUGCGCCCUUCCCGUACCCGCUGCUCCCGAUCCUCACUGGACCUCGUCGAGCUCACCCUCGUCGCCGCCGCUCACGACAAGGGCGCGGUGUGCUUGGAUGGAAGCCCGCCGGGCUACCACCUGCAGACAGGCUCCGGCACCGGAUCCCACAACUGGCUUAUCCAUCUUCAGGGAGGAGGCUGGUGCGACACCAUACAAAGCUGUUCCAACCGCAAAAUGGAUGCGCUUGGUUCAUCCAACUUCAUGAAAGCAAUGGGCUUCGACGGUAUUCUCAGCAACGACCAGCUACAAAAUCCUGAUUUCUACAACUGGAACAGAGUCUACGUAAGGUAUUGCGAUGGGGCAUCAUUUGCUGGGGAUUCCCAAUACGAAGAUCAGCAGAAUGGAAACAAGCUGUUCUUCAGAGGCCUGCGCAUCUGGGAAGCGGUCCUAGAUGAACUCAUGGAGAAAGGACUCGCCGAUUCCAAACAGGCCUUACUUACAGGUUGUUCUGCUGGUGGUCUGGCUACGCUACUGCAUUGCGAUGGUUUUCGAACACGGUUCCCGCAGGAAGUUUCAGUGAAAUGCCUUCCCGAUGCUGGGUUCUUUCUUGAUGCAAAGGAUUUAUUGGGGAAAAGGUCCAUGUGGUCCGUAUACAAUGGAGUUGUUCACCUUCAGAAUGUUACAAAAGUUCUGCCCAAGGACUGCCUCGCAAACAAGGAUCCGGCAGAGUGUUACUUUCCUGCCGAACUUAUCAAGAGCAUCAGCACCCCCACGUUUAUUGUAAACUCUGCUUACGAUUCCUGGCAGAUUCAAAAUGUUGUGGCGCCAGAUGGAUCGGAUCCUGAUAAGUCAUGGCAGAGCUGCAAAGCCGACAUUAGAAAGUGCAAUUCCACGCAGAUGGAAGUUCUGAAUGGAUUCAAGAAGAAAAUGGUGAAUGACCUGAAGGCUGCCGACGAUAAGAUGGACUGGGGGUGGUUCAUCGAUUCAUGCUUCACCCACUGUCAGACAGUAUAUGGAAGCUCGUGGAAAUCACCAAUCUCCCCAAGGCUUGGAAAUAACAAGACUAUGUCUCAGACUGUUGGGGAUUGGUACUUCGGAACAGGAACAAGGAUAAGAGAGGUUGACUGCGACUAUCCAUGCAACCCCACAUGCCCAGCUGCCAACUAUUAAAUAAUUCAGAAAGGAAGAUGGAUCCAGAAUAAAAGAAGAGGCAGGAGAAAAAUCACAAAAUCCAAGCCAGGUGGAACAUUGAUAAUGGAUCUUCAACUGAAUUAAUGGAGUGGAAAUGCUAAGAUAUCGUUUAACUAUGUUUCGGAUUUUGUGAUGGUAAUUCUCUGAGAUCAUACAUACAGGCAUAAUAAUAGUAAUCAUCUCAUGUCAUCAGCAUCACCAUGUAAAAGACAAAAAGGAAAAAAAAAAACUUUGGCCUCCCACUCGAGCAAACUCUUGUACAGUAGUGUAUGAGUACCUGCAAGGCCAAAUUCAAGAAAA